AUGGGCCGUUCAACGAUCCCUUCCGCACUCAGCGAGCUCUCCAACCCUACCACGCCCGAGGCACAAGUCGCAGCGCUACAAAGCCUAAAAAACGAACUUGUGGGGCAUGAGCAGAGAAAAGAGCUUGCUGUUACGCAUGGUAUUGUGAAACCACUUGCCAGUUUGCUGCGAGCCGAGGCUAGGAAGGGCGGGAAGAGGCGAAGGAACAUUGGGAACGGGAACAGCUCUGGGCUGUUCGGUGACACAGCUGGGCUGGAAGAGUGGACCACCGAAGAUGAGUUGAGGUUCCAAGCCACGCUCGUCGUCGGCAGUCUGGCGAAUGGCGGACCUGCAUUUGUUGCGCCACUACUGGCUGGUGAUGUACUACCUCCGUUGCUCGAAGCACUACGACCAAGCGAAACACCAUCCAAACUCGUCACCGCGACUCUAAAGACGCUCAAUCAGAUUGUCGAUGCUGUUGCGCAAGAAAAGCCAUGGCUCGACCUGUCAGGCUCGUCGAAGCCAUCUCUCGCAUCGGCCGUAAGUGAGAUUAUAUACACGAAAUCAACUGUUGAGAGUCUGUCUGAGAUUUUGGCGCAAACGGCGGGUACCAUGAAGGUCAACCAGCAGAUAGAAUCGGCCAUACGGCUGAUUACAAAGACGUGUCGAGAGGACAGCCAUAAAAGAAUCUUGGUAGAUGCAGAUGUACUAGAUCUGCUCGCUGAACUACUUGCUGGUGUUGCAGCUAUGGACGAUCGCAUCCCUGCUUCGGACAGGAAGCGGUCGAGUCGCGAGCAGCUUCCUCGUGCCUACCUGUCGGACAUCCUGGAAGCAAUCUCAGCUAUUAUCAAGGACUCGCAUUUCUACACUGCACAAUUCCUCUAUUCGCAGCCGAUACAACAGCUCUUUGGUUGGCCAAAGGAACGCUCUGCAGGAACUUUCGAUAGCAACAACACGCCGCAGACGGCAUCAUGGGACAGGUUGAUACCGCGAGUACAGACUAUGGCAAGCAAGUCAGAUCCGUACAUUAAGCAAUGGCCGGCUCUUGGUGCCUACUCUUCUGGUCCGGCGGACAACUAUUCUCGGCUACCAAGCAUGGAGUCGCUGCAGCACACUUCGAGCCGGAACACCAUCUCGGAUGAGUCCGAGUCUCCGCUGUUCAUAUGGCUCAUGUAUGUGGCACGGCGAGGUGAAGCCAGAGAGCGCCUGUCUGCUUGCUGGCUACUAGCAUUGCUCAAAAAGUUUGGCGAGCGAUGGCCGUUGAACGACCCGUCAAAGACGACACGUGAGAAGCACUUUUCGUAUCUGAUUAUUCCGCUUGUUGAGAAGAUGAUUGAGGACUCAAGCCCGACAUCAGAGCAUGCCAAAAAGGCCAGUGCCAUGAGCCAGACAGCCAGAGAUGAGCUGCGCCUUGUGCUCGAACGCUCCCCAAUUGUUCUUGCGGAGCUUGUUACUGGAAAUAAAGCACUCCAGACGGCUGCGGUUCAUUCUCGCAUUCUGCCGACUUUGAUACAGAUUUUGAAGAAGUCGUUCGAUAUACCGCCGACGUCGUCAAAGCCACUUUGGCAGCCGAAGCCGACAUCUCACGAAGUCAUGGAUCCAAAUAUCGACCAUGCUUCAUCGACUCUAGGUCGAGCUGGGCUUAAUCCCGAUAUACUGCAUGCGUUUAAGUAUCGAGAAAGCGUUUUGCUGGCAUUGGCGGCGAUGGCUGGUGACCAAGACUCGUUGAGAAAGAUGGUGAUUGAGAUGGGUGCGGCAACGCAUAUCAUUGAAGCUCUAGUUCCGUACAACGAAAACAGCGAACCAGGAGCAUCAUCCUCGCCAAAGGAUGGUAACCCUGACGCUGUUUUGAUUGCUGCAUGCAAGCUCACACGGUCAUUGUCGAGAUCGGUCAGCGUCCUCCGAACGAGUCUCAUUGAUCACGGUGUUGCACAGCCAAUUUUUGAGCUUUUGACACAUCCGAAUGUAAAGGUGCAGAUUGCAGCUACGGAGGUCAUCACUAACCUGGUGUUGGAUGUGUCACCUAUGCGGACUGAGAUUCUUGAAUCCGGAGUCCUGGGCACACUUUGCGAACAGUGCCGGUCUGCCAACUUUGACCUCCGCUUUGGCAGUCUCUGGGCUCUCAAGCACCUGUGUCUUGGAUUACCCCAUGCUAUGAAGAUACAGUGUCUAGAGGAACUCGGAGUAGGCUGGCUUGUCCAAGUGCUCAAUGGAGAGCCAUCUAAGCCUGCCAUGGGCACGCCGAAUGCAGCAGGAGAGCAAGUCGACAUUCUUAACGCUGUGGAGGAGCCGCAUAUGGAUGUAGACGAUGAAUCAGGUUCUGAAGACGACGAUGAUGCGAUGACGGAAAGCAUACCAUCAAUGCGGCGACAUCAGCGCCAUGGUCCUCGAUACACGAGCGCAACAAACAUUCGAGAUCGACUACAACAGAUCAAGAACGAUGAGCAAGACCAUCGCCUGAACGGCGAGCGUGACGAUAUCCGUAUCCAAGAACAAGCACUCGACUUUAUCCGCAACUUUGUUUCCGAGGAUAAGGCCUCUGGCGAGAUGAUCGACCACCUCCUCAAGACCUUUGGCCACAGCCGCUUCUUCGAGAUCCUCGACUCGAAGAUCCGCCCCAAAAACGCCUCCGCCUCGAACUCAUCCUCCCAAACCCAAGCCAGCCCUAGCAUCCCGAGUUACUGGCCCAGCGGUACCCACCGCCCACCCUUUUUAUCCUCCACAACACCCAUGGGCCAGCCCAACUGGAACAGCUACCCAGCCUCGGAACUCAUGCUGGCUACAAUUUUUAUUCUUAUCCACCUCGCCAACGGCCGCCCCCAGCACCGCUCCUUGCUCAUCUCACAGACUAGCCUGAUGCAACACGUUCUCCCGCUGUUUACGCAUCCCCGCCGCGAUAUUCGUGUAGCGUGUGCCUGGAUGCUGCAUAACCUUGUCUGGGUCGAAGAUCACACGGAUGAAGCGGCGACCAGGGAACGCGCGCUGAGUCUCCGCCAGUUGGGCUUUGAGGAGGGUGCCAAGCAGUUGAGUCGCGAUAUGGAUCUUGAUGUUAAACAGCGGGCGGUGGUGAGUGUGGAGCAGUUUGACAAGUUGCUCAAUAAUGGGAGUGGAGGUGGAGGGAGGAGCGGGUUUGCGUCGAGUACCGGUGGGUUUGGGGGUACUGGGGGUGCAGGUGGUGGAGGUGGAGAAGGGAGUGGCGGGUUGGGGGGUAUGGGGAGUAGAUUGAGUGGGUUGCAUGGGUGGAGACAUGAUCCUAGGGGUUAG